AUGUGGAAAAAGGAGGAUGGCCACGAGGAACAAGAGGCUCUAUCAUCAGAGCCGGCAAGGCGACGUCGGCAUGGUCAUUAUAUGCAUACCAAGACCGUGGAAGGGAUGCGAUCUACAUAUCAACCAGGGAUCCGUUUUCCGAAGAUAACGUAUCAGGGUGAACGUCUAGCGCCACCGGCCCCCCAGAUCACUGGGAAUAAAGCUAUUACCGUCAUUGGACAUGCCGGGGCGAGACCACUUUCCCCAGAGAUAAGCUGGCACGUGUGGGUAGGGGCCUACCAGCCUGCCGGAGCCUGGCAGCUAGCACGGGUUAAGUGGGCCACCAACGCCCGCCGAGAGCCGCAGCCGUCGGAAGAUCGGAGGAGUCCGCCUAAAUUGCUGGCUUCGGGGGUCCGCCGUCUCGUCCGUGGCUUCCGUCCACGAGUUGGUGUCUGGCUGGUAGCACGAGCCGACAAUGGGUCCAGAUACGAUCGUCGCGGUCACGUGAUAUCGCGGGCUGAAGAGACCACCCCAGCAUUCUACGCAGGCACCACUUCGCAGUACACCAGCCAGGCCUUGAUCAAGACUGGCGCCAUGAUCAUCUCAAAAUGGAGGCAGGGCCUUCGCACUGUCCUGACGCUCCUCAUACUCUCGGUCGCAGUCGAUUGCCAGUCGUCGCCGUCUCCAACUGAGACGCCAGACCGCACUCCCUACACAGGAAAGCUGGUAAAGCAGACUGAUGCUCUGAGUGUGGACGCGAUAUCGCCAGAAACGUCCCCAGCAGCUUCACACGAGGAGGAGACCACGAAGAAGUCAGGAAGCGCAAGGAAACAUCAAGGUCUUCCCGUCCUAGGCUAUGUAACACCAUGGAACUCCCGUGGCAAGCAGCUGGUCGAGGACUAUCGGGAAAGAUUCGAUAUUGUGAGCCCCGUAUGGUAUACGGUCCACACAGACCCGGACUCGAACAAGGUGUACAGAGUCGAAGGUGCGCCACCCGGUGAAGAGGAUGAAGCGUGGUACAAACGACUUCAGGAGCCAUCGGCAUCAUCUUCGAAAGCAAUCAAAGUGGCACCACGCUUCAUUCUGGAUGGCUGGAAUCAAGCCGACUACAGCAGUCUGGUUUUUAACGAAACGAGAUGGGAGAUUCUCGCUUCAACUAUCUGGAACGUCGUAGAUGCCAUGUCCUAUGACGGUGUGGUCUUCGAGUCCAUCGCGACGCACGCUCUAGUCGGGCCAUUGAAAGCGUUAUCCGAAAGGCUUCACUCGCACAGCAAGGAAUUGGUAUUGGUGAUGCCCCCGAUACGAACUACGGGGGGGUUUGACUCGCAAAACACUAUGCUUCUUGAGUCGCUACCUUCGCUGGCGAAGAUCACCGACUACUUCAGCAUAAUGACAUACGACAUGACAGGCCCAGCGGGGCACGAGACUUCGCAUACGUUUCCAGAGAGAACGAGGCUCCACGGCGCCAAGAGCCAGGGCCAUGUGCGUGAGCCAGGGCCCAAUACAGCUCUCGACUGGGUACGGGACAAUCUCAUAUCAUUCAGCACGGGAUCCACCUCCACGGGCUCGCCAGAGUUCGGCAUGGGACAGGAAUUCCAGUUCUCGGAAGAGAUCUCGGCAAAGUUUCUCAUGGGACUUCCCCUCUAUGGCUACACCUACCCGGUCAUCUUUGCCAGUGUGAAGCAGGGGAGUGUCCUGCAGAAGCCGACAUCGGAUCCAGAUACCAUUGCCGUCAUGCGAGGAGCCGGGAAAGCUGUGACUGCACUCGAAAUCGAAACCUUGCUUGAAGAGCACGGGUCUGAAGUUCGAGAAGGACAUGACGGGGAGCAUUCCUUCGAUUAUCGAGAAGAAGAUGGAUGGUGGAGAGCGUUCAUACCUACACAAAAAGGUAUGACGAAUAUUCUCCAGGUCCUCGGGCAGGAUCUGGACGUGGCCCAGCAGUCGUCGAGCACCUAUCCUGUUCGAGCUGGUGUAGCACUAUGGGAGGUUGGGCAAAGCUCUCCAGGUCUGUUGGAAGUAUUGUAG